CCGGCGCUCCCCGCGCGGCUCCGAGCGCCCCGUCCCGCCGGCGGCCGCGAGACCAGAGCAAGCGAGCGAGCGAGCGAACGGCCGCGGUCCGGUGAACCCCGAGCGCAGCCCAGCGCGGCCGGCCGGCCCCAGUCCAGAGACCAGGCGAGCACAGCGCCACCGAGCCAAGCCGAGCGCAGCUCCCCGAAGCCCAGCGCGCGCCGUCGCCCGCGCCCCGCUCCGGGGAAUGCGCCCUCGGCGCGCCGGCCAGGGGGCGCCCGCAGCCCACCCGGCGGGAGGCGGCCCCGAGCGCCCCUGAGCCUUUCCAUGGCCCGGGAUGGGGCCCGGGGCCUCGACUGCUGACGCGCCCGAAGCCCGCAGAACCCGUUAAGCCGGGGCCGCGGCCCCGACCCGGGCUCAGGCACAGCGGCGAGAGGGCGCGGGCAGGGCCAUGGCCCCGGGGGGCCGCUAGCGCGGACCGGCUCAACCGGGAGCCGCUCUGCUGCCGCCGCCGCCGCCGCUGCUCGGGAGCCCAGGCCCCGCCGCCGUGGAAGAGCCCUUGCUCCUGCCUCCCUUCCAUCCAGGCAGUUCUCAGCUUGGAGGAGCCAACGUUCCUUCCCUGAGGCAGGCUGUCCCCCACAACCCCCCCAAGCCUGAGAAGUCUGGAUCAGUCUGGACAAUUCGACCUCCUAGCCCCCUGCCCCGCCCCCAGGUGUCUAGCUGGCUGCCUGAUUCCUGGGCCCUAGGCCCCUCCCACAAUGCCUGUCGCUGGCCUCCUCCUCUGGGCUUCCCUACUGACUGGGGCCUGGCCAGCCACCCCAACCCAGGACUACCUCCCGGCCACGCCUCGGGUCCGGCUCUCAUUUAAAGAGCUUAAGGCCACAGGCACGGCCCACUUCUUCAACUUCCUGCUCAACACAACUGAUUACCGAAUCCUGCUCAAGGAUGAGGACCACGACCGCAUGUAUGUGGGCAGCAAGGACUACGUGCUGUCCCUGGACCUGCAUGACAUCAACCGCGAGCCCCUCAUUAUCCACUGGGCAGCCUCCCCACAGCGCAUUGAGGAGUGCGUGCUCUCAGGCAAGGAUGGCAACGGUGAGUGCGGGAACUUCGUCAGGCUCAUCCAGCCCUGGAACCGAACACACCUGUAUGUGUGCGGGACCGGCGCCUACAACCCCAUGUGCACCUAUGUAAACCGCGGCCGCCGCGCACAGGCCACGCCCUGGACCCAGAUGCAGGUGGUCAGAGGCCGAGGCAGCAGAGCCACUGAUGAUGCCCUCCACCCGACGCCCACAGCCCCACGCCAGGAUUACAUCUUCUACCUGGAGCCUGAGAAACUCGAGUCAGGAAAGGGCAAGUGUCCCUACGACCCCAAGCUGGACACAGCCUCAGCCCUCAUCAAUGAGGAGCUCUAUGCGGGUGUGUACAUCGACUUCAUGGGCACCGACGCAGCCAUCUUCCGCACGCUUGGAAAGCAGACGGCCAUGCGCACGGAUCAGUACAACUCCCGGUGGCUCAAUGACCCUUCAUUCAUCCAUGCCGAGCUCAUCCCUGACAGCGCCGAGCGCAACGACGACAAGCUCUACUUCUUCUUCCGUGAGCGGUCCGCGGAGGCACCGCAGAGCCCCGCCGUGUAUGCCCGCAUCGGGCGGAUCUGCCUGAACGAUGACGGCGGCCACUGCUGCCUGGUCAACAAGUGGAGCACAUUCCUGAAGGCAAGGCUGGUCUGCUCUGUGCCAGGCGAGGAUGGCAUCGAGACCCACUUUGACGAGCUCCGUGAGCACCCGGCAGGCGGGCGGGGGCCUAUGGCUACUGCAGGGGAUGGCGGCCGGAUGGGUGGUCAGGGGAAGCCUGGUGCCCCCCACCCAGGAGUGGGCAGGGCCUUGGGGCUCGUGGCCAAGGUACCCUCCCAGCCCCCUCUCCUUCUGUCCCCAGAGGAUGUGUUUGUGCAGCAGACCCAGGAUGUGAGGAACCCAGUCAUUUAUGCUGUCUUUACCUCCUCGGGCUCUGUGUUCCGAGGCUCUGCCGUGUGUGUCUACUCCAUGGCUGACAUUCGCAUGGUCUUCAAUGGGCCCUUUGCCCACAAGGAGGGCCCCAACUACCAAUGGAUGCCCUUCUCAGGGAAGAUGCCCUACCCACGGCCCGGCACGUGCCCUGGUGGAACCUUCACGCCAUCCAUGAAGUCCACCAAGGACUAUCCUGAUGAAGUGAUCAACUUCAUGCGCACCCACCCACUCAUGUACCAGGCCGUUUACCCUCUGCAGCGGCGGCCCCUAGUGGUCCGCACAGGCGCUCCCUACCGUCUCACCACUGUUGCCGUGGACCAGGUGGAUGCAGCCGACGGGCGCUAUGAGGUGCUUUUCCUGGGCACAGACCGCGGGACAGUGCAGAAGGUCAUCGUGCUGCCUAAGGAUGACCAGGAGAUGGAGGAGCUCAUGCUAGAGGAGGUGGAGGUCUUCAAGGACCCAGCACCUGUUAAGACCAUGACCAUCUCUUCCAAGAGGCAACAACUGUACGUGGCCUCAGCCGUGGGCGUCACACACCUGAGCCUGCACCGCUGCCAGGCAUAUGGGGCCGCCUGUGCCGACUGCUGCCUUGCCCGGGACCCCUACUGUGCCUGGGAUGGCCAAGCCUGUUCCCGCUAUACAGCGUCCUCUAAGAGGAGGAGCCGCCGGCAGGACGUCCGGCACGGGAACCCCAUCAGGCAGUGCCGUGGGUUCAAUUCCAACGCCAAUAAGAAUGCCGUGGAGUCUGUGCAGUAUGGCGUGGCAGGGAGCGCAGCCUUCCUUGAGUGCCAGCCCCGCUCGCCCCAGGCUACCGUUAAGUGGCUGUUCCAGCGAGAUCCCAGUGACCGGCGCAGAGAGAUGCGUGCAGACGACCGCUUCCUGCGCACGGAACAGGGCUUGCUGCUUCGCGCCCUGCAGCUUGGUGAUCGCGGCCUCUACUCCUGUACAGCCACCGAGAACAACUUCAAGCAUGUCAUCACACGAGUGCAGCUGCAUGUACUGGGCCAGGACGCCGUCCAUGCUGCCCUCUUCCCACCCCCAGCUGUGAGCGUCCCACCGCCCUCAGGCGCCGGGCCCCCCACACCCCCUUACCAGGAGCUGGCCCAGCUCCUGGCCCAGCCUGAAGUGGGCCUCAUCCACCAGUACUGCCAGGGCUACUGGCGCCAUGUGCCCCCCAGUCCCAGGGAGGCCCCAGGGGCACCCAGGCCUCCUGAACCCCAGGACCAGAAAAAACCCCGGAACCGCCGCCACCACCCGCCGGACACAUGAGGCCUGCUGUCUGAGCCCUGCGAUGGGCCGGCCUAGUCCUCGUCCCUUUUAAUAUAAAAGAUAUAUAUAUAUAUAUAUAUAAAAUAUCUAUAUUCUAUAUACACCCUGCCCCUGCAAAGACAGUAUUUAUUGGUGGGUUGUAAAUAGCCUGCCUCAGCGGCAGCAUCAUCCAAAACUUAGACCCAUGCUGGUCAGAGACGGCAGAAAACGGAGCCCACCUAACCAGGCCCGGCCAGUUGGCCGGGCCGGGCCAGGACCACACAGUCCCCAGGCUCAGCUGGGAGUCUACCUGCUCGACAGCCACCGCCAAGAUCUACAGGACACAGGGAGGGAGCAAGCUCUACCUGGAUGGGGCACGGACUGUACACCUUCGCCCAUGUGUGCUGUUGGCACACAUGUGGAUGCGAGGACUGCUUUGGAGACCGGGGGUGGGGGUGAGGGCUCAGAUGCGCUCAGAGAAGGGAAGAAGGGGCUGGCACAGGAUGCCGGCCCCUGCCUGGGAGAGGGGCACUCAGUCAAGGCCAGCCCUUUCCUGGGUAUUUAUUCUCUAUUUAUUGGGGACAGGAGAAAAGGAGCCCUGCCUGGGUGGGGCAGCCCCUCCAGCCCCUCCUUCCCUCCCUGCCUGGCCACUCUACCUCUUUGCUUUCUCCGUGCCGCUGUGAUGCAGGGGCUGGGAGAAAAGCAGAGGGUCCAGGCUGAGGGGAGAGGGGGUCAUGGUGGAGGCCUGGGGCCUGCAGGGGCUCCCCAGGGCUCCCUUCUGCCCACCACUUCAGAUGAUGGGUGUAAAUAGCUCUGGGGGGCAGUUGGGUAGGUGGGUGGGGGCUCCUGGCAGCCCUCUGCUGUUCAGGCCACACCUGCCCUUGGGUUCCAUCUUGCUAAUAAACACUGGCUCUGGGA